UUCUUGAGCACUGAGAGCACUCCUUUCCCCAAAUCUAUUCUAAUUUCCGAAUAAAUAUCUCGUGAGAGAGUCGCUGUUUGUAUUAGCUCUUUGGCUUUGCUUGUUUUCUGCUUCUGCUUCUGCAUCUGCAUCGUCUCUGUUGUUUGGCUAAUGGGGUCUUGGUGGGAAGGCAUUGAUGAAUCCCGUCUUUUAAUUGCCCCAGAUCCCGGUGCUAAUGAGAACGGUUCCGCUUGUUUGCUAUCACUUCGUCAUCCCAAAUCUGGAAACAGGGCAUCCUAUCUUUUAUGUAACGGAUUGCUUCAGGAACUUCACUGGUUCAAGCAACCUUAUGGGUCUUGGUUUUUGGGAGAUUAUGUUUCUGAAGAUGGAAGCCUAUAUACUGCUACUCCAAUUGAUCCCGUUUUCAUCAUGUUGCCUAUCUUUGAGGAUGCAAGGAUGAAGAAAGGGGAUGAUCCUGGAAAGUUUAGGCAAUUAGAAGAGAUACUCUUCGUUAAUGAUUGUCCUGGAUAUCGGCAUUUAUUCUCCAUGGCAGAGGACUGUAUGGAAGUUGUUUGUGAAAUCAAAGAAGUUGGAUCAACAAAAUUUUUUAGGCUUGACGACACUAAGGUUUUGGCUUGGUUACUGUGCAAGGUAUCCCAGUUAAAACAGACUCUACCGGCAUUGGACCAAAACUAUGCUGCACGUGAAGAGAAGGAUACAUGUAUGUUUCUCUAAAAAAUAGGUUUCUUCUGUUGCAAUAUUGCAGGAUAGAGAACUGUAAGAGAGUGUAGGCUUAAGUUUUUAGAGGGUUCAAACAAUGUAAUAUGUAAAGACUGCUUCCAAUUAAUUCCUCUUAAAAUUUCUCUUUCUCAGUACCAGUAGAAUAUAAUGACUACAAUGAGCUUGGGUGGUAAAGCUUUCAGCCCAAGGGAUUGUAUAAAUGGAGUAGUUAUUAUUGUUUGUUUGGCCCAAGAGCAUGUGCCUGAUGAGCUCAUUUGAGAAGCCAUUGACAUUGAGUAAAAGCUAUGAAGAACAGUUUAUCCAUAUCUUAUAGAACUUGUGGACUACUGGAUUUGGAAUGAAGUUAAUGUUAAUUUAAUAAUGUAUGACAAUUU